AUGCCAUUGGUUUGUGAUGAAGUUGGCUUUCAGGCUGCAGCUCUGGAUACUGUCAGCAAAAACCAAAUCUUUAUCCCAUUCCUGUUCCCCCAGGAUGAGCAGGAGGAGGAGGAGGACCAGUUUGACAACUUAGAAAAACACACGCAGUGGGGUAUUGAUGUUCUGGAAAAGUACAUCAAGUUUGUAAAAGAGAGGACAGAGAUUGAACUCAGCUAUGCAAAGCAGCUUAGGAAUCUUUCAAAGAAAUACCAACCCAAGAAGAACUCCAAAGAGGAGGAGGAAUACAGGUACACAUCAACUAGAGCCUUCCUAGCCACUUUAAAUGAAAUGAAUGACUAUGCUGGACAGCACGAGGUCAUUUCAGAGAACAUGACCUCUCUGAUCACGGCAGAGUUAACACGCUACGUGCAGGAGCUGAAACAGGAGAGGAAAUCGCACUUCCAUGAUGGCAGAAAGGCACAACAACACAUUGAAACUUGCUGGAAACAACUUGAAGCAAGUAAAAGGCGGUUUGAACGUGAUUGCAAAGAAGCUGAUCGAGCACAGCAGUAUUUUGAGAAAAUGGAUGCUGACAUCAACGUGACAAAAGCAGAUGUUGAAAAGGCAAGGCAGCAAGCACAGCUGAGACAUCAGAUGGCAGAAGACAGCAAAGCUGAAUAUUCUUCCACCCUACAGAAGUUCAACAGUGAGCAGCAUGAACAUUACUACACACACAUACCAAACAUCUUCCAGAAAAUACAGGAGAUGGAGGAAAGAAGAAUCGUGAGGAUAGGUGAAUCCAUGAAAACCUUUGCAGAAGUCGACCGCCAAGUGAUCCCCAUCAUUGGGAAGUGCCUGGAUGAGAUAACAAAGGCUGCAGAGUCAGUGGAUCACAAGAAUGAUUCCCAGAUGGUAAUAGAAGCCUUUAAAUCAGGGUUUGAGCCUCCAGGAGACGUGGACUUUGAGGAUUUCACGCAGCCCAUGAAGAGGACAGUGUCUGAAUCCAGCCUUUCCAACUCCAGAGGGGAUGGGAAGUCAGAGCCCAAGUUUGGUAGCAAAUCCAAGGGCAAGUUAUGGCCAUUCAUCAAGAAAAAUAAGCUUAUGUCCCUUUUAACAUCCCCCCAUCAGCCCCCUCCUCCUCCCCCUGCCUCUGCCUCACCCUCUGCUGUUCCCAACGGCCCCCAGUCUCCCAAGCAGCAAAAGGAACCCCUCUCCCAUCGCUUCAACGAGUUCAUGACCUCCAAACCCAAAAUCCACUGCUUCAGGAGCCUAAAGCGUGGGCAGACACAGUCUUUGUAUAUUCACAAAGAACUCAUGAAGAGGACUUUAGGGACACCCACGUGUGCCAUUGAGGCUAGGGAAUAUGUUCUUUCUCUCAAGCUGGGAGCAGGCCCAGAAGACUUCAGCAAUCUCCCACCUGAGCAAAGAAGGAAGAAACUUCAGCAAAAGGUCGAUGAACUAAACAGGGACAUUCAGAAAGAGAUGGAUUCAAGAGAUGCCUUAACAAAGAUGAAAGAUGUGUACAUCAAGAACCCCCAGAUGGGAGAUGCAGCGAGCGUGGACCACAGAUUGGCAGAGCUUGGGCAGAACAUUGAAAAGCUGCGGUUAGAAGUUCAGAAAUUCGAGGGCUGGCUGGCAGAGGUGGAGGGGCGGCUGCCGGCGCGGGGUGGGGGGCGGCUGCCGGCGCGGACGGAGCAGCCGCGGCGCCAGAGCGGGGUGUACGAGGCACAGAACCCGUCAGGAGUCAACAGCUGUGCCCAGGACAGAGAGAGCAGCCCCGAUGGCAGUUACACAGAAGAGCAAAGCCAGGAGACUGAGAUGAAAAUACCUGCAACAGACUUUGAUGAUGAGUUUGAUGAUGAAGAACCACUACCCACCAUAGGAACAUGUAAAGCUCUCUAUACAUUUGAAGGCCAGAAUGAAGGAACAAUCUCUGUGGCAGAAGGAGAGCUGCUGUACGUAAUAGAAGAGGACAAGGGUGACGGGUGGACGCGAAUCCGAAGGAACGAAGAUGAGGAGGGCUAUGUCCCCACGUCCUAUGUUGAAGUCUAUUUGGACAAAAAUGCCAAAGAUGUGCACAAACCACUUCAGAAAAUCUCUGAGUAGGUUUGCAUAGGCCUGUCCACCCUUUAUUCUCCUGGUUUGCUGCUACGGUUGUUUUAAGAGCUCUAUUUGAGAAGGUUUUCUUUAGAAGAGAUGAAUGUCCCAUCUCCAUCACUGAAAGACUUUGUUAGGUACCAGGUCGGCUCUGAAAUGGCUCUGCCCAUGAAGGUGCUCCCUGCCUGUGUCCUUGCAGUGCAAGCAGCACUGCUGGCCUGAAUAGCAGUGAGAGCUGCAGGCUCUGCUCCCGCUGGGAUCCCUGCAGGAAGCUCCUCUGUGCACACCUGGGUGUAGCAUCUUGCAGGGCUUUUCUCUCCCUGUGGGCUGUCUGGUGCUGAGAACUCUCACACACAGCAACUAGUUGGGCCUUUCAGCUCGAGACUGACCAGCCUGUGUUACUGACUCUGGUACCUCAUCAUCUGCUUGGGAACAAAACUUUCACUGAGGGAUGUUGUGAAAUCGUGUGACACAAAAAACCUGCGUGGAGUAACCAGCUCUGUACAAACCCUGCAUUGCACCCAACAGAAAUCCCACCUUCCCUUCCAGCAGAAAGCCUGGAUGCUUGUUUGGGUGACAUGCAGGAAUAGAGGCUGGUUUGGGAGGUUAAACUUCUGGAUUAAAACUAUUUUGGAGCCUGGGCUGAUGAGCAUUUUGGCUCCUUUGCCGCUGUGGGUCUGUUCCCCCUCACCUCUGAUGAUAUCAGUAAUUCCUUCUGGGCAGCUCUGGCACUCCCAGUGCUGCAGCUCUGCUCUUUGCUGUAACCAUCAUGCAGAGCCUUGGCUUAUAUAAAUAAAUAGGUAAAAGUUAACCAUGCUGAUGCACUUUUUAUCUAGGAUAUAUCUGAUUAUUUAAUGCUUGCCAAAUUAUUUAGGAAUUGGUAAUUAUAAACUGGACUGUGGCUUUUUAAAAUCCUUUUGUUAAAUACAUGCCCUUAGUUCUCCCAGUAUAUAAAAAAAAAUUGUAUAUAACAUAACUUAAAGACUAAAGUUACUUGAAUUGUUUUUAUCCUUUUAUAUGUGUAUCAAUAUAAAUGGUUUUAUAGGCUGUUCUUCUGCUUAACCCAGCUGUUUUGGUAACUACUCAGUCCCUCUGAUGUUGAGAAGUGUUUUUGGUUACUCAGCUGCCUGCACCUGGACUUGCAUAGGAACUGCUGUUGUGUGUUAAGGUUUGUUCAAUCUGGCCAGUGUGGUUGUCUUGUUUCUAUUCUUAUUUUUUAAAGAAUCAUCAUCUGUCAGGAAUCUCUUUAUAGCUUGAUGUACCAUGGUGUCUUCUUCUAAUAAACAUUAUAUUUUCUCAUUCCUGUGAGGUUUUGGUUUUUGAGUUUUUUUUAAUGACAGUAACUAGUAGAUGGCAAUAAUUAGUGGCAAAAAAAUGGUUCCUGAGGAGCAGCAAAUGGCCCAGAGCUGCUUCUCACUCUAAGCACAUAUGCAAUUCUUCUCAAGAAAAAUAUUUGAUUGUGGCUCUUUGAAAACUUCUUUGUGCUGUCAUUUGGAAGGAUUUGAUGGAAGUGGGUGCAAAGGAGGUGAGAAAGUUCCCCUGGUCUCUCAAAGGCAAAGGAAGUUUGGACUGAUGCUGUAUUCCCUUGGAUACAGCAGUUUGGGCCAAAUCACGUCCUGGAUUGUAGCUUCACUUGGCCAAAGGAAAAACUUGUCCUGAGCCCCCAGUCUGUGGGAACAGGGAUGGCCAGAGGAGGGGUUUGGAGCCUUGGGCUGGUUCACUGACCUGCACAUUCCUGGCUUCCCUUGAAAAGGAAAAGCCUCUGCAGCCUGUGGUGGAAAGGAAAGCCCUGGAUUCCUCUGCAAAUUCUUUGAUUUAAUUUCCUGUUGUUGUUCAGUGUCACUGAUGGUCUCUGGAGCUGUCACUGGAACAGAUGCUGCUUUGCAGACAGAAAAUGAAAAAGCUGUUUGUUUUCUCAGUGGCAGAAGCAGGUGCUGGCAGGGUCCUGCUCCUGUGCU